AUGAAGCUGCAGCCGCGCGAGCGUCGAGAGCGGCAAGACUACCUUGUGGAGCACGCGGCUGCGCUGCAGCUGGGCAAGCUCUACCUCGGUUGGGGCCGCGGCAAACCACGCCUAAAGUCCAAGCGCGCAACACCCACGGUUGAGUCAAAGCAGAAGGUGGCGAAGACAUCGCCACGCGCGCCAGCCAAGGAGACGAAGAAGGUACGCAGGAACCCUGCCUCACCUGUACUCCCCGUCGCGAAGCGUCCUCCUGGAAGGCCGCGCAAAACGUCACCACCGGCCGCGCGAGUCGAGAGCACGCCGACCAAAAGCAAAAGCUGCGGACGUCCCCCUACGACCCCAGCGAAGGCACCCCGAAAGCCAACCGCGCGGGAGAGCGUGCGAUCUGGCAAGAACCUGAACCCGACAGUCAAGCCACUUUCCUCAAAGGCGGUGGCGGCCGUGGGUAACGGCGACAAGCUGCCAUGCAAGCCACCGCCGCGCGCUCCCCGCAAGACUGCUGCGGUGCUUACCACGAAGACUGUCGUGCAGCACCGUCGCAGGGCCAACAGGAAUGCACCACCGGUGAUCCCCAACCCAGUCCCUACGCCGGCACUCUCGCUCGGUGAAGCAGAGGAGGCAGUGGACGGCAGCAACGUUUCCGUGCUCGUGCGCACCAUGAACGGCACGAGCUUCGGCCUGGUAUGCACCUUCGAGUCGACUCUGUACGACCUCAAGCGCCGCAUCCUCGAGAUCAUCAUGCCAUGCGCCGCGUCGGCGUCUCCGGCCCCGGCGGUGCGCUUGCCGAUGCUGGUCAUGAACGGGCGGGCGCUUGGGCCUGAGACCGCCACCCUGGCCGCGCUGCGCUUCCCGGCGCAGCCGACGGUCUACUGCUUCCCGGAGCCUGGCUGA